AAUCUAUACUUCAUUAUUUUAAAUAAGCAACCUUCUAUUGGUAAAGUUUCCUUAAUAAAACACCAAGUUUUUCUAUAGUUGGAUCAAAAAAUGGAAAUGCUUACAAGAACCAACAAAAUCUUGUUCCUUUCUUUUCUUUUCCUCGCAAGUGCAUUGCUAACAAGAUCUCAUGAAGUUGAUGAUGAAAGUGAGUUUACUUACGAUGAAGAAAGUGAGAAGGGGCCUGCUCAUUGGGGUGAAAUUCACACAGAAUGGAGUAUGUGUAAUUCAGGAAAAUUGCAAUCUCCAAUUGAUCUUUUGAAUGAGAGGGUUGAAGUUGUAUCUCAUUUGGGAAGACUUCGUAGAAGCUACAAACCAUCCAAUUCUACUCUUUUGAAUAGAGGACAUGAUAUGAUGUUAAGAUGGGAAGGUGGUGCUGGACAUAUUGAGAUAAAUGGAACUCGAUAUCAACUCAAUCAGGCUCAUUGGCACUCACCUUCUGAACAUACUAUAAAUGGAAAAAGGUUCGAUUUGGAGGUUCAUUUGGUUCAUGAAAGCAAUGAUGGAAAGACUGCAGUGGUUGGAAUUAUGUACAAGAUUGGAAGAGCUGAUUCCUUCUUAUCUAAGAUCGAGGAUGAUUUAAAGGCUCUAGCACAUACAAAAGGUGUGGAGAGAAAUAUUGGAAUUAUUGAUCCAAAACAAGUGAAGUUGGGUAGCAGAAAAUAUUACAGGUAUAUUGGCUCGUUGACUGUUCCUCCUUGUACUCAAGAUGUUGUCUGGACUAUUGUAAGAAAGGUGAGGACUGUUACAAGAGAGCAAAUGAAACUAAUUCGCGAGGCUGUUCAUGACGAAUCUGAAACCAAUUCAAGACCAGUCCAAGCAGCAAACAAACGACCUAUCCGACUCUAUCGACCAAAUGAUCCUAAACAAUAAUGAAAAUGAUUCUACAAUCUUAGAAGUAAUUUACCAUAUUUAUAGUUAUUGUCGCAAUGAUUUUGUUUAUAUACAAUAAAAUUGAGUUCAGUAUAUGAGCUAGGAAUGUCCUUAUCCCGUAAAUGGCUAUUAUCAUCCAUGUAUGUUCAUAACAUGGUCGGAAUUCUUUCCACAAUAUAGUGUAUUUCUUUGUUGUAUUUAUUAUUUAUUAGAUUGUCGCAAAAUAAAUUAGUGGCACUUGUUCUUUGUA